CCCAUGACAACAGGAGUGGCUGUGCGUGUACGUGCGUAUGUGCGCUUGUGUGACGGUGCAAUCACUGACAACGGCGGCAACUCCUCCUCAGAAGCACUGCAGCCCGCGGAAAAUCAUGCGAACAGGAUAAUCUUGCUCUGUGCCAUGCUGAGCAUUUCCACGAUAAUUCUGCUGGCUCUGACCACCGCUGCCGGACUCUUUCAGUGGUCCCACGGCUGGAGUGACGAGGACCUCUUGCUUCCACCGAUUAAUUCCACCAACAGAUUCCUGGCAAACUUGGAGGUGGAUGUUAGGUACUCCAAAAGAUCAGUGGAAGAGAGCGAAGCCUCGUCCGAGACCUCGCUCCAGGCACUCUGCAAUGUUAGCGUACAGAGGCUCUUGCCCACCUCGUUGGUCGCUCGAUGGGACAAGCAUUUCGGUUUCCAAUGCGAUGUACUUAUAUAUACCACAAAUAACCACGGGAGAGCUUUCUUCUCCGCCGCUUUUAAUCGGGUCGUCUCACCUGUUGUUAUCGAACACUUGGGAGUCUCUGGCGGGCAGCAGGAAUUCAGAUUGUGCGUCGGAUGUGGUCUCUCGCGGAACAGGCGUUUCGGCCAAGCCAGAUCUCACUCUCCGCAGACGGGAGACCCCCUAAAUUUCUGCUGUCUUGACUUUGGCUUGGAUGAGCUCAAAGGGGAUAAGAGCUGGAGGCUGAAUCGCAAGCCUAUCGAGUCUACUCUAGUAGCGUGCUUCAUGACUUUAGUCAUAAUCGUAUGGAGCGUUGCUGCUCUCAUAUGGCCAGUCCCUAUAAUUGCAGGAUUUCUGCCGAAUGGAAUGGAACAGCGGAGACCUAGAUGAGAGUAAGAUGGUUCUCUAACCUUAUGUAUUAAUGGGCGGAACUUGGAUGGAAAGGAUAAGAUGGAGAUAAGAGUAGCCUACUGUGGAUCUCUGCCCUUUAUUUAUAAGGGAAUGGACUGGAAUAGAGCCACAGAGACCGAGAUGAGAGUGGACAAAUCAGUGGUUAUGCAUUUGGACUAACUGCACAAACUAAUGUGUCUGAGUGUACCCGCAGAAUACUGUUGAUGGAUGGGUGCAAUUUGUUGUAUUUAAGUUAGAAAAAAAUUACGUAAUUAGUACAUGGCUAUCUUUCUAAUUAUCAGAACGCCGGAGUGUGUAGGCCUACGGGGUUGGACUCGUUCAUAUUUUAUGAAGGAGAAUUUGUUUUUAUAAAGCAUUUUAUUUUAUAGCAUAUUAUUAAUUACUUUACGCGUAAAAUCGGAGUGUUUUUUUUUUUUUACAAAUAGCCUACAAUGUUUGUAUUCGUUUCUAACUUCAUAUAAUUUUACAUUAUAUGUUCUUGUGCAAAAAGUACAACUACUAAAACUAUUGUAUAGCCUAUAGGAGUGUAACGUUUGUGCGUUCAAUAUGAAUAGCUACAUUUUAUGGGAAAUGAUUAAUUACUUCUAUUUGAUGUUUGAAUCGCAGAAAGAUAUGGGGGAUGACAUAGAAGUUAUUUCCGUGGGUAAAAUGUAGCCUAGCUAUGUUUAAAUAUGUAGAGUAAACUACAUAAUAAAAUAGGCUGUGUGUAAGAGUUUAUUAUAUCAUCGUAGGUGGCUAUCACAGAAUUGUGUUUGUAUUUAUUUGUAUGAUAAUUAUUAAUAAAGUUGACAUUUUAUUAAACGGAA